GUGGGGGAGGGCGUCCUCCGUAGGCAGCCUCGUUUGGUUGCUAUUCUCCUCCGGUGUAAGGUAGUUUUUGCUUUGUCACCAGUCAGCCUAAGGCAAUACCAGGUGACCCCACAGGCUCCUGUCUCGGGGUCUAAGGGCGCGUCUCCCGCUUGCCUGGCACUUCUGGUCUCUGCGGCCUCCCAGAGCCUCGGGUCUUCUCUAGCCGGGGGAGCCGCUGCCCUUUUGCCGCCGUCGCUGGCUGUUUCGCUUUGCUGCUUCCUCUGAGAUCCGGGCCCACCGGGCCGCAGCUGCUCUCUGAACGACCGGGUAGGUGGGGCGGACCUGUGUCUCUCGGUGCAUUCACAGGUCUCAAGCGUGGUACAGGAAGAACUAGUCCAGUCCAGGCAUCUGGGAACCUAGGGCAACCAUUUUGCACAUCUGUAAAUCACAAGUACAGCUUCAACUGCCCUGAUUGGUGUGUGGACCAGACAUUAUUCAUCUGCUUCCAGACUACCCUGUGCUCUGCUUCCACUCCCAUCCCUUUUAACAGAAGUGGGUUCUUGGGCUUAGAGACAACAUUCUCUCAGACUUCCAGAAACUGGAGCAAGGAAAUGGACUCAGUGGUUAUUGAGGAUGUGGCCGUGGUCUUUACCCAGGAAGAGUGGGCUUUGCUGGAUCUUGCUCAGAGGAAGCUCUACAGAGAUGUGAUGAUGGAAACCUUCAGAAACCUGGCCUCUGUGGUCUCUCAAAACCUUAAUGAUGCAGAAACGCUAUUCAUCGAACAUGUAAUGGUACAGUUCAUGAAGAAGAACACAUGGUCCUCCAUGUUAGGAGAAGUCUCCAAAUCGUAUGGCAAUAAAGAUCAGCAUAAAAACCAGAAGAGACAUUUGAGCAUGUUGCCCAUUUUUAACAGAAGUCAUAUAGUAGAGAGCCUCUAUGAAAGUAGUAAAGGUAAUCCAUGUGGGAAAACCUUCAGCCGGAUUCCAAGUCAAACUGUGCUACGGAGAAAUCCUCAAGAAGUAAAUCAUUUUGAAUGCUGUGAAUGUGGAAAUGCCUUCAUGGAUAACUCGUCACAUAACUAUCAUGCCAUAUCUCACACUGGAUGCAGUAUGUAUCAGUCUAAGGAAUGUGGAGAAGCCUGGAGUUGUCCUUCACACCUAACCACUCCUAUGAGGACUUGUACUGGAAAGAAAUCCCAUAAAUGUAAGGUAUGUGGGAAGGACUUAAUCUGUAUCUCAACCCUUAAGAAUUCUGAGACAGCACUCACUGGUGAGAAACGAUCUGAAUGUAAUGAGUGUGGGAAAGAUUUCUGUAGUUUAUCAUCCUUUUGGACACAUGUGAGAGGUCAUAGGUGUGAAUGUAAAGAAUGUUGUAAAACCGUUAGUCAUCCUUCAUCCCUCAUUUCACAUAAAAAUUUUUGUAAUAGAGAUAAGCCUUAUGAACAUAAGGAAUGUAGGCAAGCGUUUAGUGCGGCAUCCCUCACUCAACAUAUAAGAACUAACAGUGGAGAGAGGCGUUAUGAAUGUGUGGAAUGUGGGAAGGCUAGUCAGGCCUCAUCCCUCACACGUGUAAGAAUUCACAAUGGAAAGAGAACUUAUGAAUGUAAGCAAUGUGGGAAAACCUGUAGUUAUUCCUGUUACCCCUCUGAAGACAUAAGAACUCACAGUGGAAAGGAACCUUAUAAAUGUAAUCAAUGUGGGAAAGCCUUUAGUCAGCCAUCACAUCUCACUACACAUACAAGAGUACAUAGUGGAGAGAGGACUUAUGAAUGUAAGGAAUGUGGAAAAGACUUGAGGUGUUCCUCAGUCUUCACUACCCUUAUAAGGACUCACACUGGAGAGAGGCUCUAUGAAUGUAAGGAAUGUGGGAAAGUGUUUAGUUAUUUUUCAAACCUCCAUAGACAUAAGAGAACUCACAGUGUAGAAAGACCUUAUGAAUGUAAGCAAUGUGGGAAAACCUUUACUCGUUCGUCCUAUCUCUCUCAACAUUUAAGAAGUCACAGUGGAGAGAAGCCUUAUGAAUGUAAGCAAUGUGGGAAAACCUUUCGUUACUCCUAUUACCUCUCUGAACACAUAAGAACUCACAGUGGAGAGAAACCUUAUAAAUGUAACCAGUGUGGGAAAGCCUUUAGACAGUCAUCACAUCUCACUACACAUAUAAGAAUUCACAGUGGAGAGAGACCUUAUGAAUGUAAGGAAUGUGGAAAAGGCUUUAGGUGUUCCUCCGUCCUCACUACCCAUAUAAGGACUCACACUGGAGAGAGGCCAUAUGAAUGUAAGGAAUGUGGGAAAGCAUUUAGUUAUUCCUCAGACCUCCCUAGACAUAUGAGAACUCACAGUGUAGAGAGACCUUAUGAAUGUAAACAAUGUGGGAAAACUUUUAAUCAUUCCUCCUCUCUCUCUCAACACUUAAGAACUCACAGUGGAGAGAGGCCUUUUGAAUGUAAGGAGUGUGGAAAAGCAUUUAGUUAUUCCUCACACCUCACUAAACAUAUUACAAGUCACACUGGCGAAAGACCUUAUGAGUGUAAGGAAUGUGGGAAAACCUUUACUCAUUCCUCUUAUCUCUCUAGGCACAUAAAAACUCACAGUGGAAGAGGCCUUUUGAAUGUAAGGAAUGUGGGAAAGACUUUAGUUAUUCCUCACUCCUCACUAGACAUAUAACAACUCACAGUGGAGUAAGACCUUUUGAAUGUCAGGAAUGUGAGAAAGCCUUUAGUCAUUCCUCACACAGCACUAGACAUACGACAACUCACAGUGGAGAAAGACGUUAUGAAUGUAAGGAACGUGGGAAAACCUUUAGUCAUUCUUUCCUAUCUCUCUGGACACGUAAGAACUCAUAGUGGAAAGACUAUGUCCAAAGUGGGUUGUUUCAUCCUUACUGGUAUAAUUUCAAAUACCAAAUUGCCAAAGUCUCUGAUUAAAGAACAAAGUUUCUCAGUGAGUAAGAAAGCAAUAUGAACUCAAAGAGUGGGUCAUGAGAGCUACUUUGUGCCUUUGGGAGAAAUGACAAUUUCAUUAUAACUGCUGCACUGUCAUCAUCAGUGUUUGUUACUUUCUUAAUCCAAGCUAAAUUUUACCUUUCUUAAAUUCUUCAGUUAUUACAAAUAAGGCUGCAGGGAAUAACCUUCGAUAAAUCUGAUUUUAUACUUCUUAAAGUUUUAUUGAUGUUAUUUUGCAAACAAUAAAAUACACUGAUCUUGUAUUUGAUAUAAGAGUGUUUUGUUUCCCUAUUUAUCGCAUGUCCUUCCAUUCUUUUGUAUUGAAAAUUAAACUUGUACCCUUUAUAAUUGGGAAGUUCCUUAUAGGACAUUACUGUGAGAUGUAGAUAUUCUGUUUUUCAUGGUGCUUUGGCCUACGAAUUUUAGUACCCAUUGACAAUUACCACCUUUGAGUAUUUUUACUGUGGUGAUCACCAAAUGGUAUUUUCUGUUCCAAUCAUUUCUUCUAUGUUUUUCUUUCCUAUUGAAAAGUUGGAAAUCCUAGUGGCAUAGUGGUUAAGACCUGUGGCUGCUAACUAAAAGGUCGGCAGGAAUCCACUGGAUGCUCCUUGGAAACUCUAUGAGGCACUUCUGCUCUGCCUUAUAGGGUCACUGUGAGUUGGAAUUGACUUGACGGCAACGGGUUUGGUUUGGUUUUUUAUUGGAAAGUAAUUAGUAAGUUUCUCGUAGGCCAAUACCAUGAAACUACAAAUAUUCUGUUUUUUUCAUUGUGCUUUAGCCUGCUAAUUUUAGUACCCAUUGAUAAUUAUUACCUAUGAAUAUUCUCACUGUAGUGUUUACCAAAUGGUAUUUUCUGUUCCAGUCAUUUUUUCUAUGUGUAUUAGUUGGAAUUCUGCAAGGAUAUCUUUCCCUUUUCUCCCCUUUAUUAUUAUUGUUUAUACCAGUAUAGGCUAAUCCAAAUUCUUUUUUUCCUAGCUCAAAUUAUCACAGAUUUGGUUAUUAGGAGUUCCCUUGAGUAGGCUCUGGAGCCCCGGUGGCUCAGUGAUCAAAUGUUCAGCUGUUAACCUAAAGGUUGGCAGUUUGAAUCCACCAGCCACUCCUUGACAACCCUAUAGGGCAGUUCUGCUCAGUCAUACAGGGUAGCUAUGAGUCGGAAUCUACUUGACAGCUUUUUUUAAGUAGUUUCAUGUAUUUUUCAACACAUUGUUCUUAGGUGCCGUUCAGCCAGCUCUGACUCAUAGCGACUGUUAUGUACAACGUAAAGAAACACUGCCUAGUCCUGCACCAUCCUCACAAUCGUUGUUCUGCUUGAGUCUGUUGUUGCAGCCACUGUGUGUGUUGUAACAGCCAUUGUUCAUCUUGUUGAGAGUUUUCUUUUUUUUUGCUGAUGCUCUACUUUUGUAAGCAUGAUGUCCUUCUCCAGGGACUGAUCCCUCCUGAUAACAUGUCCAAAGCAUGUGAGACGCAGUCUGGCCAUCCUUGCUCCUAAGGAGCGUUCUGGUUGUACUUCUUCCAAGACAGAUUUGUUCAUUCUUUUGGCAGUUCAUGGUAUAUUCAGUGUUCUUCACCAACACCACAGUUCAGAGGUGUCAAUUCUUGUUUGGUCUUCCUUAUUCAUCGUCCAGCUUUCGUAUGCAUUUAAGGUGAUUGAAAACACCAUGACUUAGGUCAGGUGCACCUUAGUGUUUAAGGUGACAUCUUUUCAACAUUUUAAAGAGGUCUUUUGCAACAGAUUUGCUCAAUGCAAUGUGUCCCUUGAUUUCUUGACCACUGCUUCUAUGGGUGUUGAUUGUGGAUCCAAGUAAAAUGAAAUCCAUGACAACUUCAGUCUUUUCUCCAUUCAUCAUGAUGUUGCUUAUUGUUCCAGUUGUGAGGGUUUUAGUUUUCUUUAUGUUGAGGUGCAAUCCAUAUUGAAGGCUGUGGUUUUUGAUCUUCAUUAGUAAGUGCUUCAAGUCCUCUUCACUUGCAUCAAGCUAAGUUGUGUUAUCUGCAUAACACCGGUUGUUAAUGAGUCUUCCUCUAAUCCUGAUGCCCCAUUUUCUUCAUAUAGUCCAGCUCAGAUUAUUUGCUCAGCAUACAGAUUGAAUAGGUAUGGUGAAAUGAUACAACCCUGAUACACACCUUUCCUGACUUUAAAACAAUGCAGCAUUACCUUGUUCUGUUUGAACUACUACCUUGUGAUCUAUGCACAGGUUCCUCAUGAGCACGGUUAAGUGUUCUGGAAUUCCCAAUCUUUGCAUUGUUGUCCAUAAUUUGUUAUGAUCCAUACAGUCAAAUGCCUUUGCAUAGUUAAUAAAACACAGGUAAACAUCUUUCUGAUAUUCUCUGCUGUUAGCCAGGAUCUAUCAGACAUCAGCAAUGAUAUCCCUGGUUCCACAUCCUCUUCUGAAUCUGGCUUGAAUUUCUGGCAGUUCCCUUUCAAUAUAUUGCUACAGCCACUUUUCAAUGAACUUCAGCUAAAUUUUGAUUAUACGUGAUAUUAAUGAUAUUUUUUGAUAGUUUCCACAUUUGGUUGGAAUACCUUUCUUUGGAAUAGGCAAAAUAUAUGUAUAUAUAAAAUGUGUGUUAUAAAUUUUUUGACAUAUCCCCAUUAUAAUUUGUACAUUUCUGUCUUCCAGUGUUCAAGGCUUAUCUUGUACUUUUCCUGCUCAAGCUGUGGAGCUAGACUUUUCUAUGAGAAACACUGGUUCCUUUUAUUAGAAAAUUACAUUUAAAAACAAAGAUCUCAGCAUUAGACAUGCUUAUGUCUACUGGCCCUUACAGCAGAAAGAUCUAGGAAAUAUGUGUUUGUGAACAUGCAUGUAGAAAGACAUGUGUUUAUACCGAUUUCUAUAUGUAUCUGUAUAUAUUUGAAAAACCACAAGAACAUAUCCAUAUCUUUGAUUCCCGUCCCAACACCAUGUUUCAUUUUAGCCUUUUGCCUUGUUUUAUAUGUUCUUGUUUCUCUAACAGUAACACUCCUGGCUCUGAUUAUCCACAGUGCAUUAUUUGCUGCAUCAUAGAAUAAACAUAGUUUCAGAGUUGCUUACCGUCAUGUGAUGAACAACUGUGCAGAAAGCCAUUUGGCCUUUGUUCAAGGUUCCUGAGUGUUGAACUGCAGCUGAGACUGAGGGUGGGUAAGGUCAGAGGGACUACCUGGUGGCCUGAUGCUAACUUUUUGAAGUAUAAUUUAGCUUAUAAUGCAGGAUUGGCCAAUAAAAGUCCAAAAGUUGAAGACUAAAGGGAGCUUCCCAGCUGGUGAGAAAUAUCCAUCCAUGGGGAGGGUAGCAUGUCCUAAGGACAUGGAAACUCUGCACUGGUAUCCUCCUAGAUCUCACCCCGUGCAUCUCUUCGUUUUUAUUCUUUUUUGUUAUAUUUAAGCCGUUAUAAUAAGGAUGGCCAUUUUGUGAAUUCUUGAGUCAUUCUGGUGAGUUAUUGAACUGAAAGGGUUAGAAGUAACAGGAUUGGGAUCUUCUGAUCUUGAGGCUGGUAUUCCGAGGGGGGGUUAGAGCAAAACUCCAGACAUUGAGCAAGUAGAUCAGAAGUUGGGAGUUAUUCAGACUCCCAGACUUGCAGCUGGUGUCUCCCUGUUUGACAGCCUAAAGGAUGGCGUCCUUUUAACUUGUGUGGUCUUCCCUACCCUCAGGUGGCUAGAUUCAGAGACAGAAUCCUGCAUGGCUGGCUGCUGCCAGAACCAAGCAAGGACAGGACCCUGAGAUUACUACAUGACACAGUUAGCAUAUGAAGUGGGAAUUUUUUAGUUUCCUUUUUUUUUGAUACAGAUAGUAAGAAAUUGAGACCAAUAAGCUCCAUCUGCCCCUAAAACCGGUGCCUCAACUGUUGUAUCAUGUGACUGAUAGAAUUUUAGUUAGGAUUAGAAAAUGGACUUAACCAGACUGAUGAGUGUGCACCUGAUGUCUGUACACUCGAUAAAUUUUAAUGAGUGAAUAAAUGAAUGAAUAUAUUUAGAGACAAUUAGGCUGGGACUUCCUGCUUCUCCGUACAAAAGUUUCUGCACCUACACCCAUCCACACCUCCAUACUCUGUAUCUCAGUGAAAAAUUUGGCCCUCUCCUUCAGCUGUGGGUUCCCUCCCUUCUCUGAUGCAUUAUACCAUCAAUCAUUUACUCUCUCUCCAGCGUCUUCAAUAUUUCCUGUCUCCUGAUUAUUUACCCUUAGUAUCAAAUUGCUCCAAACUAGUUAGAAUCUUCUUCUGGCUAUGUUUCAGCUCCUUUCACAAUCUACAUGUUUAAGCUCCUUUGAAAAGGUGAUACAGCCCCCCAUGUUCUUAGUUUCAGCCACCAAUGCAAUCAAAUCCUUCAAGCCCAUAUCUCCAGCAGUGAUGUCUUUCCCAGGCUUAAGCCGCAGAUGUCCUGUAAUCAUUACAACAAGCUCCAAAGAGAUCGAUCUUGUUGUAAUUGUAUCCUUUAGCGAAUAUACAACUACUAGCAGAAUGUUGGUUUUUAAAUGCGGAGUCUAAUUACGUUGCUGUCCUGCUUAACAUCUGUAUUUCCAUUUUACCUGUCUAAAAUUGAUUGCCCUCGCUGUUUCUUUAGUUUUACAUCAAGACCCCUCUGUAAGGCUACCACUUCUAGCAACUCUUCUAUCGUCACCUCAGCUGCCCUUUCUCUGUACUAUCUUGGUACUUUUCUUUGUCCCUGAGUUAAUACAGCUAUUAUUCAAAUUUACUCACCAAACACUAAGGCCAAAGAUGAAGACAUUGAUGACUUUUACCAACUACUACAGUCUGAAAUUGAUCGAACAUGCAAUCAGGAUGCAUUGAUAAUUACACGGUGGUUGGAAUGUAAAAGUUGGAAACAAACAGGAAGAAUCAGUAGAUGAAAUAUAUGUCCCUGGUGAUAAAAACAAUGCUGAAGUUCACGUGAUAGAAUUUUGAAGACUAAUGACUUCUUCAUUGCAAAUACCUUCUUUCAACAACAAACGGCAGCUAUACAUGUGGACCUCACUAGAUGGAAUACACAGGAAUCAAAUCGACUACAUCUGUGGAGGGAGACGAUGGAAAAGUUCAGUAUCAGUCAAAACAAAGCCGGGGCCAACUGUGGAACACACUGUCAGUUGCUCAUAUGGAAGUUCAAAUCAAAGUUGCAGAAAAUUAGAACAAGUCCACGAGAGCCAAAGUAUGACCAUGAGUAUAUCCCACCUAAAUUUAGAGACCAUCUCAAGAAUAGAUUUGAUGCAUUGAAUGGUAAUGACUGAAGUCCAGAUAAGUUGUGGAAUGACAUCAAGGACAUCAUACAUGAAGAAGCAAGAGGUCAUUAAAAAGACAGGAAGAAAGAAAUGACCAAAAUGGAUGUGAGAAGAGACUCUGAAACUUGCUGUUGAACAUCGAGUAGCUAAUGUGAGAGGAAGAAGUGAUAAAGUAAAAGAGCUGAAGAGAAGAUUUUGAAGGACAGCUCGAGAAGACACGGUAAAGUAUUAUAAUGACAUGUGCAAAGACCUGGAGUUAGAAAACCAAAAGGAAAGAACGUGCUUGACAUUUGUCAAGCUGAAAGAACUGAAGAAAAAAUUCAUGCCUCGAGUUGGAACAUUGAAGCACUCUACAGGGAAAACAUUGAACAGCACAGGAAGCACUGAAAGAAAAUGGAGGGAAUACACACAAUCACUAUACCAAAAAGAAUUGGUCAAUGUUCAACCAUUUCAGGAGGUAGUAUAUUUUCAGGAACCGAUGGUACUGAAGGAAGAGGUCCAAGCUGCACUGAAGGCAUUGGGGAAAAACAAGUCUCCAGGAAUUGAUGGAAUACCAAUUGGGAUAUUUCAGCAAAUGGAUAUGGUGCUUGAAGGGCUCACUCGUCCAUGCCAAGAAAUUUAGAAGACAGCUACCUGGCCAGUCGAAUGGAAGAGAUCCAUAUUUACUCCUAUUCGACAGAAAAGUGAUCCAACGGAACGCACAAAUUACUGAACAUUACCAUUAAUAUUGCUUGCACAUUAAAUUUUGUUGAACGUAACUAAAAAAUGCUCCCAGCAGUACAGCAACAGGGAACUGUCAUAAAUUCAAGCCAGACUCAGAAAAGGACUUGGAAGAAGGGAUAUCAUUGCUGAUAACAGAUAGAUCUUGGCUGAAAGCAGAGAAUACUGGAAAGAUGUUUAUCUGUGUGUUUUAUUUUCUCUGCAAAGGCAUUAGACUCUGUGGAUCAUAAAGGAUGGGUAAUAUUGUGAAGAUUGGGAUUGUAGAACGCUUAACUGUGCUCAUGAAGAACCUGUACAUAGACCAAGAGACAGUCGUUUGAACAGAGCAAGGGGAUACGAACCAAAAAAACCCAAACCCGCUGCUGUCAAGUCGAUUCCAACUCAUAGCGACCCUAUAGGACAGAGUAGAACUGCCCGAUAGAGUUUCCAAGGAGCGCUUGGCAGAUUCGAACUGCCAACCUCUUGGUUAGCAGCCGUAGCACUUAACCACUAUGCCACUAGGGUUUCCAUGGGGAUACUGCGUGGUUUAAAAUCAGGAGAAGUGUGCGUCAGGGUUGUAUUCUUUUACCAUACUUAUUAAAUCUGUAUGUUGAGAAAGUAAUCUAAGAAUCUGGACUAUAUGAUGAAGAACUCGGCAUCACCAUUGGAUCAAGGCCUAUUAACAAUCUGAGGUAUGCAGAUGACACAGCCUUCUUGCUGAAAUUGCAGACUUGAAGCACUUACUGAUGAAGAUCAAAGACUACAUUCUUCACUAUGAAUUACACCUCAACAUAAAGAAAAAAAAAAAAAACCCUCACAAAUGGACCA